AUGGAGAAACAAUUCAAUAAGCACCAUGGGGCUCGUGAACGGAUAUUUCAUGUCAAGGAUCCAGUUUAUGCCAUGGUUCAGAAAUAUCAGAAGAAUAAAUGGGUCCAUGGAAUAAUAAAGCGACGAAUUGGUCGUGUGGUAUAUGAAGUUCAGAUGGGAAAGGAAAUCCUGAGGAAACGUGCAAAUCAGUUGAGGAAAAGAAUCUCCAGUGGUUCUGAUCGGCUUGACUCCAAUACUUUGCAAACGAUGUUAGGAACCUUUGACAUCGAAGAAUUAGGACAACGAACUGCAGAGGUAGCAACAAAUCCACGUUCAGUUGUCAACAGCACAUCCGAUAAUCAGCAGCAACGUACAGUGAUUCAAAACUCAUAUCCGAGACGUUCAUCACGUUCUUGA